AUGUCAAAAUGUCUCGAUCCCGAUUCAUCUGGGGACAAGAGCCAGCCUCAGCCGCUGCGCCUCCCCCCGGAAGAUGGCUGGUGUUCCCUUGAGGAACUCCAGGAAGAGCUGGAGGCCGGUUCUGAGGAGGAGGCAGGAAGGUUAUUGGCUGAAGGACGCUUUCUCAACCAGUGGUCCAAAUGUGGGAUAGGGGUGUGGGAGGACGUUGCUGAGGCCGUGGACAUUAAGUCCCAGGAGGCCCUGGUGCUGAAGCAGCUGGCAGAGAAGAGGGAGCGCGUGCAGGAAGUUCUCUACAAGGCUCGCGAGGAGAACGACAUCUUCAGCAAGAAGACGGAGGAGAAGCUUAUCCAAAAGAUGGAGGUCAACAAGGAGAACCGGGAGGCCCACCUCAAUGCUCUCAAACAGCGGCUGCGUGAGAAAGAAGUACACGCCGCUGAGGUACGCAGGAACAAGGAGCGUCAGGCUGACCUCUCCGGCUGAAGAUGCCUUCCAUACUCCAGCAGCAGCUGCUGCUUCUGAAAAUCUUCUGUGUCAAAGUUUUCCUGUUGUUCAGCAUUCACCACUAUCAUCCCACAGUGCACCUUUCAGGACUCAAACUAGUAGUUAAUCAGCACCGAAUAACGUUACUCAUCUGUUUCAGUUUUGGUAAAACACACACAUUUGGAAGUGCAGAAACAUAUUCUGAUAGCAGAGUCAAGAACAGCUGAAAUAAAGUCCGAU